AUGCGCAAGGGACAGGGCCCGCGGGUCGCGGUGCUCCCCCCGCGCACUCUGCGCGGACACUGCAAGGAGGCGCAGAUCCCACAUGUUGUCCCACGCCUGCUCGUAGAAGCUAAUCCACCUCACUCCCCCUCCCUGAUUAUUAGCAUCCGAGGUGAGGCGUGCGAGGCGGCUGUGCCCCCCGAGCACGGACAGACGGACACAAGCACGGACAGACGACAGGCAGACACGCACACGCGGAGACACGGCCACACGCACACCCCGCCCUGCCCUGCGCUGCGAGCGGGUGCAAGCCCGGAGGCGAUCCUGGAGAACAACCUUUCCCUGUCGCUGUUGCCGGCUCCCGCAGGGCUGGACCCGGGGAGCUGCGUCGCGGAGCAAACUUCCCCCAAAGGGCUGAGCUCGCCAGCCUGCUGGGCUCCUCCAACAACUGGAUGCCUCCAGCGGGCCCCGUACACCGACAGAUGUACAACUUUCAAUUAUUUUCAGCACAUUUUAAUCAGGCCUGGCUCUGAUAACGCCCUAAUUAAAGAGACCUCACUAUCGGCAGCUUGGUUCAGAACUCAACUUUCUUAUCACAUUCCUGAAGUUUUGGGUCAGGCAACACCGGAAAAUGUGGCCAAAACCUCGUUCUGCUCCGAGCUGAGUUUUGAAGGUCACCGAAAGUCUGCGCCGGGCCAAAACUGGUGGCCGAGUGGGCUCAAAGCUCCUGCUAACCCUGCUGUGGUCUCUUCUGCAGGUUACAGCACCGUGGCGUUUGACGGGACCCCGAGCUACGGCCACACGCCGUCUCACCACACCGCUCAGUUUACAAACCAUUCCUUCAAACACGAGGACCCCAUCAGCCAGCAGACCUCACUAGGGGACCAGCAGUACUCGGUGCCUCCCCCGGUGUACGGCUGUCACACCCCCACCGACAGCUGCACGAGCAGCCAGGCCCUGCUCCUCCGGACCCCCUACAACAGUGACAAUUUAUACCAAAUGACCUCGCAGCUUGAAUGCAUGACAUGGAACCAGAUGAACUUGGGAUCCACGCUGAAGGGCCAUACAGCAGGAUAUGAAAAUGAGAACCACAGUGCUCCCAUGUUAUACAGCUGUGGGGCCCAAUACAGAAUACACACCCAUGGAGUUUUUAGAGGCAUACAAGACGUCCGGCGGGUGCCAGGAGUAGCUCCGACCAUUGUCCGAUCAGCAAGUGAGACAAAUGAAAAACGUCCCUUCAUGUGUGCCUACCCUGGCUGCAACAAGAGAUACUUCAAGCUGUCCCAUCUACAGAUGCACAGCAGGAAACACACUGGUGAAAAACCUUAUCAGUGUGAUUUUAAGGACUGUGAACGGAGAUUUUCUCGUUCAGACCAACUCAAACGGCACCAAAGACGACACACAGGUGUGAAGCCCUUCCAGUGUAAAACCUGUCAGAGAAAGUUCUCUAGAUCUGAUCACCUGAAGACUCAUACCAGGACUCAUACAGGUGAAAAGCCUUUCAGUUGCCGGUGGCCCAGCUGUCAAAAAAAAUUUGCCAGGUCUGAUGAAUUAGUUCGUCAUCACAACAUGCACCAGAGGAACAUGACUAAACUGCAGUUGGCCCUUUAG